AUGGCAAUCCCGAGAUCAAACCUCGACCACUCUCGAGCUUCGCAGCACUCGCUCCGUCCUGUUCCCGUGCCAGCGCUUUCCAUGUCACUCCGCAGUCGUCGCGCAGCACAUCCGACAGUAACAUUAUCGCUGCCGCAACUCGAACGGUACCAUGACCGAGCCGAGAAGGUACUCACCGAGACCAUUGCAGCAUACAGCAAGGUAAACCAGACUGUCGACACAGUCAACCGUUCAGCCUGGAAAGAGCUGCAAAUGCGACACGGCGUCCGACUCUUUCGUGGUCGUCAUCGGUCGACGUCGGGUCCGACUCCGUUGCUCUGUAUCGGAGCUCUUCGAGGCAGUUUUGACGAUAUCAUGGAGGGACUUUGCUGUCAAAACACAGAGGAGAUGCUGCUCAUGAAUGCUAUCACAUGCCCUCGACUUGCUGAGAGCGCCGUGCUCUACUCGGUCCAGCGCCGUACACAGUGUGAGCCCUACGCGUUUACUGGAAUCAAGUGGGCAACAGUCAAAGGAUCAAUUGCAAGCAACCGCGACUUGUGCUACUUCGACAAGAUGGGUCUUGUACAUCAGACGUCAGAAGGAACCCACCACCGACUGGCUUACCACGUCAUGCAGUCGGUAGAUCUACCCGAGUAUCCACACAAAAGCAUGCACAAACGUGUGCAGCUGUCUCUUUGCUACUUGUUCGAGGAGCUCCAAGAGGAUCUAGUGGCUGUGUACAUGCAAGGCGAGAUAGACCACGCUUCGCUGUCGUACUUUUCGACACCUGCGAUGUCGAAUCUACUGCUAGCAGUAACUAACGCGGUCGAUUGUACACGGGCCAAGAAGCUCGCCGAGGUACUUGCUGCUGCGCCGGCUCGACGAUAUCAACGACGAUCUUCUCGAUCCUGCUGCGACGUGUGUCGAGGCAGCUCUUCGGCCUUUGACAUUGGUCGUCUGCAGGAGUGUGCAGGGUGCAGCUUUCAAUACGUCUGCAAGAAAUGUCGACUCAAGGAGAACGUUCUUGUACGUGACGCAACAUCAAGAUCGCACUUGACGCGCGCUUCUUUCUGUCGCGUUUGUAUCGCCAAGGUAGACUCGACGUCGAUCGAUGAGCUCCGUGCUGAAGCUGGCAGUGGGUUCACUGGUCAAAGCUCGGCGGAUCGAACCGAUGCUUUCUGUCGGCUUGAGAACGAGCUGGAAGAAGUGGAUAUCCCAGGCAGUGACCGGUCUCUUACAGCCUUCACACUCAAGAUCUCCACACAAGUGCAUGACCUUAGUAGUCGUAGCGAUGGCUACACGUCCAACUUGUCGUCGACGGAGAAGGUUUCCAUGGCGAAAGACGACGUCGAGGACAUGCUGCUAAGUGAAGCCCGAGACGUGCUCAAUUCCAUCAGAAAGACCAACUGCGGUCAGUGUGUGCAGCUUGAAAAGGAAACAGCAGACACUUCGCGUGGCAGUUCACGCUCCACGGCAUCAACAGCGUCAUCAUCGCACUAUUACCGCGAUGACUUCGUAAACACUGACCUCGAGCAGUACCGGACGUCGCUCUUUGCACGGCUGGUGCAUGUAUCGAACCAAGCAGAAGCCACGUCCUUUUUUGCAAGAGAACAGUCGCGCAUAGCACGCUCCGUCUUGCAACGCAAUCGGAUCUACAGGUACAUGCACGACACCCAGUAG